AUUUAGUUAGAUAAGUCGUACUAAAAGUAGUUUACUGAAAGUGCAGGUCAGGUGGACGUGGGCGUAGCGUAGUUACCAAUAUGGAAAGUAGAAGCAAAUGAUAUACAUCCUUCAAAAUGGCUACACUUGGAGUUGCCCACAAAAACAAUGGCAGCCAUUGUGAAGAUGCCCAAGAAAAUCAAGCUGAUCCCAGCAACAUUGAAGGAAGCGAAAGGGAAGAACCUGCAAUAAUUCAAACAAAUGAUAAAGACACUAGAAACAGUGAAACUUGUAAAGAGCAAACUGGAAACAUUCGGAAUGUCCAGACCAAACCGGAUCUCAGUCUUGGGAAAUCUGUAAAGGAUGAGCUGUCAGGUGUUUUUGUCUGUGGGGUGUGUUCUACAUCUUUUUCCAACAAACGCAAAUUGACUUUCCAUUUGAAAAAGAAACAUAAUCAGCCCAAUCAAAUUCCAGAAUCUGAUUUGAUUUGUUAUGUAUGUUACAAAAAAUUCUCCCAGCCAUAUAAUCUGCAGCGCCACAUCAGCCGGGUCCACAAAAGAGACAAACCUUUCUUUUGUGAUCGUUGUGGGAAAACUUUCUCUGAAAAACGAGCCAUGGUACAUCACAGGCAGUAUCAGCAUUCUGAUUAUCGGUGUAAGCUUUGUGGCAUUUCAUUUGAUGAAGAGGAGGGAUUUCAGAGCCACCAAUGCUGUGCAAUUUUCAUUGAAGGUUCAGAAAAACCGUAUGGAUGCAAGAUGUGUAAGAGGUGGUUUGGAAAUGGAAGCAAACUACAUCUGCAUGUCAAAACACAUUCUUUUAUAGAGGAGGAUUUAAAAUUGCAGAAACAUUACACUUGUGGCGUUUGUACCGAGGUAUUCAACAAUAGGAAAAGUUUUAACGAUCACACGAAAGUCCACAAGAAAGAGCAUCCCCAUGAAAGUAAGAUGCAUCCUGAUGCUCUCUAUUACCUACCUCAAAAGAUAGAAAUUAAAAAGAUUGACUCAGAAAAUGGCAUGAUAAUGGUGGAAUGUGAUGUUUGUGGGAAGAACUUAAGUAUUAACUCCAUUCAGAAACAUAAAAAAAUUCACAAUGGUGAACUCAAUAUGUCAAAUUGCUCCAUUUGUGGAAAGGUAUUUUCUACUUCACAUAAUCGGAAAAGACACAUGAAGACUGUGCAUAUGAAUGAGAGGUCUUUCUGUUGUGAAUAUUGUGGAAAACUCUUUUCAGAAAAGCGUACUAUGACUUUUCAUGUGUAUUCACGACAUGCCAGAAAUGCUUGUGCAAGUUGUGGGCUUUCAUUCGAAAAUGAAUCAAGACUUCAGAAACACGACUGUCUGGCUUUAUGCCAUGACCGCGGUGCUAAGAAAACUGGUUAUGGAUGCAAGAAGUGCGAGAAAUACUUUGUUCACAGAUUUCAGCUCCGUCGUCAUAUGGAGAAACACCUAAACAUGGACAAUAGCAGCAAAGUCAUCUCUGCCAAAAGUAAGCGUUUGAUAGAAAAAUUAACGGCUGAACAGACAGUUAUGAAAGAUGACAUCAUUGAAAGGAAUACAGAGAAGGAUGGCUUUCAAAAAAUUGACACGGAGGACUUGAGAGGAAGAGAUGGCAUCCUUUAUUGUGAGAUAUGCAAAGCAAUGUUUGCAUCUGAGGAAGAUUUUCAACAUCAUCAGCUAUGGCAUGAAGACGUUAGCCUUGAUACAGACUGAGGUUGACUAUUAUCAUUGAUUCAGAUUGAACUGUAUAUAAAGAUAAGAACACCAUAUGUAAAUACACAGUGUGCCCUUUACAAAACUGGCUUAUUGAAGGGGCGAGGCUCUCCAAAGAAUUAAAAGCUUUAAGAUACUAUAAACCAACUUUUAUUUGCAUGUGAGAAAAUUUCGUAAGUUUCGCAAGAACCUCAUCAUGGCAAAUAUUUCUUGUCACAAACCAGUCCUUGAAUGUCUGUCAUAGGCUCGAUCACGAAAAUUACUCUCCACGAACCAGUUUAAAACAGGUGAAUCGCAAAAGAAAGUAGCCACAAAUAAGAGUUGGUUUACAGCACUCGCUGAAAGUUUGAAACUCAUUCUGAACAAUAUGUAGUAAGAUAUGCUUGCUUUUACAUACAUGUAAAAUUAUUGUAAGUUACCAGAACACAUUCCAUUUUUUAUCUGUCAGAACAUAUACAUAUAUGUAUUUGAUUUUACAAUUAUGUACUUAAAAACUUUUCUUUAGGAAUUUAAAAAGACUAGUUAUAUUAGAGAUUCCUGUGGUCAGUGGUGGUAAAGAUUUAAAUGGAUUCCAAGUUUUCAGGAUAAAAAUUGCAACAGUACAGGAUACUGCUAAAUUGCAGUCUUUGUUUUCAAACAUAUAUUGUUUAUGUUUGCCAGAAGACCUAUACAAAAUGUAAUACAUUUGUUGAGUCAAAUAUUUUUUGUGUGAAAUGGCAAACAAGUUUUAUUUGGCUUGUUACACAGAAAAUUUUAUAAUGUUUGUGUUUGAAAUAACAAAACUUUAGGACUGUAUCUUGGUUUAGUGUCUUAUGCGAUUAAUGAUUUUUGUGAGAAAGUAUACUCUUGUGAUUAACAGAAAUUUAUCCAGUGUACAUUUAUUGCAUUGUAGCACAUUAUAAAUUUUGGAUACAAAAUAUAUCCAUGUUUUUUUUGGCCAAUGAUCUCAUCUUCUUUUAAACCAUUCCAUGAAAAUUAUAAUUGUUUGUUUAUUCUAUUUGUGUUAUUGUUUUAUUCUGAUUUGUUAUUAUAUCAUUUUAUAAUGUUUAUAUGUGAAAAUUUUUAGUCACAAUGUUUAUAAUUCCAUGUUAUGUUUUCAGUAUAAAACAAUUUAACCAUA